AUGGUACUUCCGACAUUACAUUCGCAUUAUGCGACUAAACAUCUAGCAACACCUCAACAAAUAAUGCAAAGAAAACAAGAAAUUGAAGCUGAAAAAAGAGCUCAAUGGGCUCAAACAGCUAAUUAUUUCAUAGCGCAAACUCGUCAUAAUUCUGUACAAAGUCACUGGACAUCACCUACUUCAGCUGUUAUAAGUCAUGAAGCAAAUCGUGCUCAACAAGAAAAAGAAGAAAAAUUAAAUCAACUUGAACAACGUCGUAAUCGUCUUGCUGCUAUUCUAGAAACUGAAAAAACACAAUUUCAGAAUGAAUUAGCAUCAGUUCGUCAAGCAUCACGUGAAUCAGUUCCUGAUAUGAAAAUACGUGCAGAAUCUCUUCGUUCAGCACGUGAAAAAGAACGUCAAGCUGUAGCUAAUGAAAAAUUAUAUGAACAUUGGAUUACAAAUGAUCCUGAUUUACGUUCAAUUGAACAACAAAAAUUAGAAAAUUUACAACCUGAAUAUUGGUCCGAACAACUUAAUGAAAAACAUUUAGUACAACAACAAGAAGACGAAAAUAAUUUUAGAUAUCAACAAGAAUUACGUAAACGUUUAGAUGAACAAAAUAAAUUAGAACAAGAAGAACAAAAUGAAAGAAAAAGAAGAAUUGAAGAAUUAAAAAUUAUUUUACAACAACAAAUGGAUGAACUUAAAGAAAGAGAAGAAGAGUCGGAAAUAUUAAAACAAGAAGAAGAACGUCUUCUUCGUGAACAAUGGGAAUUAGAUCAAUAUGACGAAGAAAGAAAACAAAUGGAAAAACGUUAUAUUCAACAAGAUUAUGGUCGUCAACUUUUACGUCAACAUAAAGCUAAAUUACAUAAACGAGCUAAAGAAAUUCAAGAACAAUUGGAAUUAGAUAUGAAAAUUCUUGCAUCAAUUGCUCAAGCAGACGAAGAAAGUCGUAUUGAACAAUCUGAACAACGAGAACAACUUAGACGUGAUGCAUUACAUAUGCUUAAACAAUUUCAACACCAAAUGAAAUUAGAAAAAGAAAAAGAACAAGAACUUGAUGCUAUGUUUCAAGAAGAAGCUGCUAAAGAAUGGGCACGUCGUGAACAAGAAUGGGAUCGAGAAAAAGAAUUACGUGAAAAAUUAAUGCGUCAAGUUAUGGAUGAAAGACAAGAACAAGUUAUGGAAAAAUUACAAGCAUUAAAAGAACAACAAAAAGAAACAUAUGAAAAACGACAAGCACUUAUUACUGAUAUGGAACAAGCUAGAAAAUAUGAUUUAAUUGAAAAACAAAAACAAAUCAAAGAACGUCAAGAGAAAAAACAAGAUUUACAAAGACAAAUAUCAAUUGCACAACAAGAACGAGCACACUCUCAAUUAGAAUUAGAAAAACAAGAUGCUAUUGAACGUGAAGGGAAAAAACAAAUGGAUCAAUUAGUACAAAAACAAAAAGCUGUUAUUUCUGCUACGACUGUUGAACCGAAAUUUUAUGGUCGUCGUCGUGCUAAUUGGAAUUAA